CUUUGUACAAGUAUUACCCUGUACCACUCAAUUUAGCUUGGCCAAUGGUUUUUAGUUUUUAAAAUAAUUAAACAAUGGUAGUGUAUCGUUUUUCAAUUUUGAUGGGUAGAAAGCACGCAGUAUUUUUUUUUGAUAUUUGCUUGUAAAGAGGAACUAUGUAAAUCUUCUUUAUUCAGUUUUGUUGAUGGAUAUCUGCAAUAUCAAAAUGAACGACGGGGAUUGGAUAUGCAGUGAUCCAAAUUGUGGAAAUAUUAACUUUUGUCGAAGAAAAUCUUGCUAUCGUUGUAACAAGGAACGCCAGAAUGGUGGGCCGUCAUUUAAAAAGAAAUUAGGCACAGAAAUAGGGAAGUCUGCGGCAGAAAAAUCUCGCGGCUUGUUCAAUGCCGACGAUUGGCAAUGUAAUAAGUGUGCAAAUGUCAACUGGGCCCGGCGACCAACAUGUAAUGUUUGUCAUUCGCCAAAAUUUGGUGAAGUAGAAGCCCGAACAGGAUACGGCGGCGGUUAUAAUGAACGGGGAGUUGUUGAGUAUCGUAAGAAGGACUCGUCAUCUGACGACGAAUAUGAUGAGUUUGGAAGAAAAAAAAGGAAACGCAAAUCAGAUGCCUCUGAAAUGGUUGGCAGUCAUCAAGUAAUCACUGAUGGACCUGUUAUGAAAAUAUUUCCAUCAGCAAGGCAGAAGGGAAUAAGAGGAAACGAAACAGUUACUGGAAGUCUAAGCGAUGGCUCUAUCUGUGAUGCCUCAAUUACACCUUUAAAGACAAAAGUACAAAACCAUAUCAAUUUUAAACAAAAUCAAACACAUCCUACUUUAAAAUCUAGUGCAAAUCAACGUAAACGCUAUACUAGUGUCAGUGAUAAAGACCAGUCUGGUUCUUCGAGUCAUGAAGGUUAUGUUAAAAGCAAUCCUGUUAUGGAAAACAGAGUUUCAUCCACAAAUAAUGAUGUGGUUUAUAAAUUCAGUGGACCAUCUUCCUUAGAUGUAUUUGAAGUGACAUACACCAUUGAGGAAAGAGUCAAAGCUGCAGCUUUUGCUAUUGUUUACAAUAAUUGUAAGAUAAGCACGGAUAAAUUUGAAAAUUUGUAUGAUAAACCAGCUCCUGAUUUCAAAACAAUUUUUGCCUGGAGGCAAAAAUUACUUAGCACUGGCUGUUUAGUUGAUAAUCAUGUUGAGAAAGUGGUUCACAAUCUAGUUAGGAAGAACAAUGUAGCAUCAAGAAAAGUACCUAUAAGGCUUUCUAAUCCUGAAGAAAUACCUAUCAACUUCGAUAGUGAAGAAGAUACUGAUCAGCAUGUUGAAAAUACAACCUUAUUUAGUCAUAAUAGAAGUGGCAGUGCAGAAACAUUAUUGAUUGAUAAAGAACAAAAACCUCCACCUUGUACUGGAAGUGCUGUAGAAGAUAGACACAAAAGUCAAACCUCAUCAAGAACCUCAAGAUCCAGUUCAAGAGACAGUAGAGAUUCCAAAUCAUCUGAUUCAGAUGUUGAACUUGUGGAGCCAAUAAAUGAAGAAACAAUAAAUGCCAGAAAUAGUACCAGCAAUGUUUCUCAUCGGCCAGAUAGUGAUUCAGAUUCAGUAUCAUAUAGUAGUGAGAAAAUAGACUUUCGAUCAAGAGUUUUUGCUGACAAAAAAUCAGUAUGCAAAGAAAAAAAAAAAGUAGCUUACAGUAAAAGUGAUACUCCAUGCUCUAACACUAACCCAACUUUCCAGGGCUACACUACUCAGAAACAAAUUGAGAAGUCUCCUUUAGCAACUGGCAAUAUUUACUUGCCAAGUUUUCGUAAUAUGAAUGUUAGGAAUCAAGACAAUGUUUGUGAUAAUGAUGGAUUAUCUGCUGAAUAUGUACCCACAAUGAUGGCAGCAACAGCUAAAAAACAUUAUCAAGACUUCAAAAACAUUGUUAAAAAAAAAGGAUACUGGGCAAAAGGUAAUGGGAGCUCUAUAAACAGAAAUGCUUCAGUCCCAUUACGUGAAGGAAUUGUAAAUGCAAGUCCAACAAAAAGCCUUUCUUCUCAAACAAAUCAAAUGUACAAUAAGCCACCACCGACUUUGUUAAAUCAUACAUCCAACUAUGCAAUACCAGGUUUGAAUUGUAGAAAUGUUAAAAAUGAUUAUAGCAUAAAUAUAUCAAAACCAUAUGGGUCAAUAUUGAACUUACCUCCUCCAAAGCAAGAUUAUUCAUUGCCUAAAAAUACGGUUGAUGCAAUGUCUGAGGACUUCACUAAGGAUAAGCUGGAUAGUUCAACUGUCCUUGACAACUAUAUCUCCUUUGGAACACCUAUAGGAUCCACCCCUAGUAAACAACAACCACUGGAAACUAAUUCACGUGUUUUUGAUAUUGCGCAAACAAAUUCCAAUAGUAAAAAUAAAAAUAUAAUGGACAUAUUUAGUACUGAAAGAGAAGAAAGUCCUGAAACUAACAACCUAGAAAAGCUUGAUGAGAUAAGAAAAAAAUAUGAAAAUACAUGGAAUAUUGACGAUGAUGAUCUUUAUAAAGAUACUGAAGAAGAAUCUAAUGUAAAAGAUGUAUCUGUCGAUUUACCUUUGGUUAACAAUAAUUUGAGUCCAACAUCAAACACUCUGUAUAACUCAACUGAUAGUAAGCUAGAUUUCACAACAAUUUUAGAAAAACGCAAUGAGAUGCUUGAUGUAUUAAAUGACUUGCAAGGUAAUGAUUGUACAACCUUGUCUAAACAAAAUAAUUGUACAAAUAAAGGUUCUGAAGAGACUGAAACUCAAAUGUUUUCGCAUAGUAUAACAAACAUUCCAUUGCCUGAUGAUUCCAUUCAUGCUUUAAAAGAUUGUGUUGACACAACUGACUCUUUAGAGAAGUCUAACACAGUCAGAAAUAUAAGUCCCUUGAAAAGAGUACAUGUUUUAGAAUCAGUUACAAUAAAAAGCAAAGACUCUGUUCCAACCACAACCAUGGAAAAUGAAAUAAGUUUGCCAAAAAAAAUUGAAAGCCUCAGUGACUUAAGUGUUGAAGUCCCUAAAAAACCUGACAAUCAAAACAACUCUACUCUGGAUUUAUCUAACAUUCUAAAUAAUAUUAACACAGACACACUACUGUUGGCCCUCAAAAAUUUGCAACAGCUCUCUCAACCACAAAAUUUAACAGAACCAACUGAGGACACAAAACAAGACUCCAAUGUUGAGACUAUAAACUUAACAAAUGAUGAAUGGGAACUGGAAUCUGUCCAACAUGAAAGUAUUGAGAGGGAACUGCAAUUGUUGGAUGGCAACAAAGGUGAUACGCCAUUCUUGAGUGAUAUUUUUGAUCCGGGCCCAAUUACUAUGCCAUUCAACAUUAAGCUUAACAUGAAUUGUAAAAGCUUGGAUGAGAAAUCAAAAUGCUUAGAUGAAAAUGGACCUGUUAUAGGCAAUUUUAAAAGUUUUGCCCUUCCUAAACCAUUAAUUUUAAAUAGACUUAAAUUGACAGUGAAGCAACCAGAGAGAAAAAAAGGUGACGGGAAAAGAAUGAAGAGAAAGAAAAAGGCGUCAACAUCAGCGGAAGGAAGGAAUUCAAAGGAAGGCGAUGAUGGCGCUGAAGAGGACGAUGAGGAGGAAUCUGGUGACGAGGCGGAUCUGUCAAAAUAUGACCUUUGGGGCAGUGACGAAGAGAAAGCGAAUUCCCAAAAUGAAACUACUGAUAACAAUAUCGCGAGUUCUGAAAACACGGAGUCAGCACCUGUGGAUGACAGAAAGUCGCCAGUAGAAAGAAAAAGAAAGAGGUCAAGAUCAAAGUCAAGAUCCAGGUCUAGAAGCUCUUCAUCAUCAUCAAGUUCGUCUUCGAGCUCUAGUUCUAGUCACAGCUCCAAUGGGCAAACGCCAAAAAACAAGUUUGACGAUUUCAACUUGAACAGCGAGCGUGAGUCCCCAAGCGACUCGCCCAAAGGUCGUAAAGAGACGAGAUCUCGUUCACCAAGGUCGCGUUCUUCGAGUGCGCCAGGCCGACGCCGCUCUAGAGAUAGCCGAUCCGCUGGAGAGACUAGGUCGUCCCGAGACAAAGAAUGGUCCCGUGACCGAGAAAGGCGGGAUAAAUCUCGUGGAAGUCGGGACAAAAAGGCUCGUCGAUAUACCAGAGAGGGAACCGGAAACCAUUAUGGCGCUCAUGGGAGACAUCGUUAAUUAUCUAUAGUACUUCUUUUUUAAUUUGUGUAAAUUAUUUGUUUAAAAAGUUGUGUGUAUAUGGGAUUCACAAAAUGACGGUACUUUGCAAUUUCGCAUGUGUACAUUAUGGAAAUUAGCAUUAAACUGAAUUCGCGGUCUCCUCGAUGCAUUAGCACAAACUUUCGAUACAUUCUCGAAUUCGAAACGAUUAUAAGUGUAAAUGUAAAAUGCUGGAACAUUCCAUGGUAUUGUCAGUGCUACAGUGUAAACUAUUUUAUUCUAAAAAACUAUAUCAGUGUAAUUGCACUCUUUAAGUACUCUUUGGUCUCUUUUCAUUACAAUGUAAAGCCAAUUUAACAGAAAGAGACGAAAGUCGUUUACACAGAUUUUUUGUGAAUUUGGUAUGUAUAUAAAGGGGAUUAAUAGCAUAAUUGAAGGUACUCAGCAAUUGAAUAGAAAUAUAUUUUAAAAAAAAAUUAUUCUAUAGAUGAAAAAAGAUGUUCAGACAAGGCAAACCAAUCAAAUUCCAGUAAUUUCUACAUUUUAAAGAAAGUGACGUUAAACGAGUCACUUCAUAUGAAGUUUACACUGUCAUUGCAAGGCCAAGCGAAUGUUUCGAGAGUUUCCCAAGAGAACAUUGUUCGACUUGGAAGAUAAAAACAUCUUGUAAAAAUUUGUGUAAAGAAAUAAUAGUCAACAUACCGUAGAACACAGAUUCAUACUUUCCAUAUUCGGCUCAAAAUUAUAAUUCCUAAUUUUCUUAUUUUAGUUAAGAACUUGUACAGUAUUUCAAUUCUUGCGCUAGUUGUAAUUUGAACCUUAAGGGAAUAUUGAUAAGAUACAUUUUGUCUUGAGCUGUGUAUAGAUUUAGUUUAACUUUCGCUUACAGUGAAACCGCUUUUCUAGAAAUAACGCCAAUAAUCCUCGCUUUUUUUUGUUAUGUUCAAACUUCGACUUCUCUAUCGGCCCGUUACCUUUGAAAACGUUUAAAACGGACCAAUGAAUAAAGAACAUCGGUCUGUAUUAGAAUAUUUGUGUAAAUAAUUAAUGAUAGAACGAAGAGAAUUUUGAGGGUAUUAAGAAAAUAUUUUUAUAAAAAUUUCAGCGUUUUGAAACUAGGUGGCGUUGUGUUCAAUUAAACGCAAUAAUUAAUUUUAAAUUACCAAUUAGCCACUUGAAUCUUUGCUGUUAUUAUAGUAGGCUAAAAAAACGUGUAAAGAAAAGCUUUUACUUAGAAGUUAUGAAUUAGAACUUUGAUAACGUUGUACUAAGAUGUAAUAAAUAAAAAAUACAAUAUGACCCUAAUUUGUACCAAUUUUUUUAGUUUUCUUCGAUCGUUUUAGGUUCAACGUAAUAAUACUGUUGAAUUCAGGCACUCUCUUGUUUUUAACGGCUAAGAUUUUUUAAAAAAAUUUUUAAUAAAAAGAUUUAAAAAUAUCAGAUUAAGUCCUUGGAUCGUAUUUUUAUUUUCAACUAUACAAUUCAUUCUGUCAGACCGGAUAAUGUAACCGCAAGCCAAUUGCAAUAAAGCUCUAGAAUUGACAUUAAAAUGUGAAAUAUCUUUUUGUACAUAAAACGACUGCUGCUGACAAGUUUUGCCUAAAUUCCUCUGCUCGGAGCUUGCAGGUUCAUGACCUUAUACAAAAAGGUUUACGUUCAGGCUGGUAUUAACGACAAAUGAUACAUUUCUGUAACAUUAACGUUAUUUGUUGAUUAAAUUUAUAGAACCUUAUACCUAUAUUUUAAGUAGAGUAAGUUUAAAUGUAUGGUAAUGAUUUACCAAUAAAGUGAUAUGAAUAAUAACA